AUGGCGGGGAACCAGGCACGCAGAGCCUCCCAAACCGAUUCACAAGAUCAGACAACUCCACCUCCAUCCUACAAGCGGAGGAGAAUCGCUCUCGCAUGCACAUCGUGCAGGAACCGGAAAUCUCGCUGCAAUGGAGCUAAGCCCUCUUGCAGUCUUUGCGUGGAGCUGGGCUUUGAUUGCAUUUACCAACAACCAGCCGCAGGGAGCUCUUCUAACAUCGUGAAGGGCUCACAAGCGGAUACAGGCUAUGACGAAAGGCUACGUGCUAUUGAGGACACUUUACGACUCCUAGUGCACCAAAAAGAGCCUGAACCCGACCAUCACGAGCACUUAUCAGUACGAAGAAACACUCUCGACCAGGGAGCAGUGUUGCAACAACAAAGCUUGAACUCUGAUGAAGAUGUCGCCAUCCUGGAUGAAGAUGAUUCUCAACAGCAGACUACAGGCGAAGAUUCAGUCGAUGGCAUGGCAGCAAUCACGGAUCCAGAAGACAGAGAAUCUAGAUUCUUUGGUCCAUCCUCAAACAUAACCUUCCUCCGCCACAUAUCUGAUGCGACCUCUGCGACUUUGAAAUCCAUAGGCCACUCUCGGCAGUCAGACAGCGGGCUCAAUCCACAGAUCGUCUCAAGAGCUGCCUCUCCAGUGACAACAUUGUCCGAGACGAGCCCCGCGUUUCGCAGCCAGUUCGUCAAUAUCCGAUCAUUACCUUCUGAGUCACGUGCCCUUCAUCUAAUCCGACUCUUUUUCUCUGACACGGGCAUGCUGUUCCCGUACAUACACGAACAGGAUAUCUUGCGAACAUAUUCUGCGGCAAGGAGGAACAAGUUCACGGCUGUGAGCAGGUCUUGGCUGUGCUUGGUCAAUGUGAUAUUCGCCUUUGCAACCUACAUCAGUGCACGGCCUGAGCAACCUGCGGAAAAGAAUGCGGCUGAGUCGGAAGUGUUCAUAGAGCGGGCACAAGCUUUAUCAGCGGACAUAGAUCUCAAGUCUGCAAACUUGGAAAGUGUACAAUGCUUUCUUCUGAUGGCACAGUUUCGUCAAGGAACUCAACGUUCCGAUCAAGCUUGGAGUCUUCAUGGCCUAGCUGUUCGAGCGGCCAUACAGCUCGGCCUCCACUCGAAGUCGGCGACUGUGGGCUUAACGACUCUAGACGCAGAGAUCCGAAAGCGAACAUGGUUUGCAUGUAUGGUGCUGGACAGGACCCUCAGCAUGACGUUUGGACGCCCUUCCACUAUUCCGAAUCACUACAUGACGCUAGAUCUGCCAGUCAACCAAAAUCUGGAAAAGCUAAGCAUGAAAGGGGCCUCAACAGGAUCAAUCAGCACUUUGGAUCCACCAGACACCGUUUGCCUCUUCAGCGCGACCAUACAACUAUACUACAUACUUGAAGAAAUUAUGUGUCAGCUGUACGGAUCCAAUAUCGAUGUAGAUCCACAAUUGACGAUUCCAGUCAUGUUGGAGAGAACGCUUACACUGGAGCAAAAACUAGCAGAGUGGAAACUCAAACUUCCAACCCAGCUCCGAAGACGGCCAUGGGAUACACUUGAUCCAGAUGCAAUCUCAAUAUCGUCAUGGGACCCGGUAUUUGAUCGGUUGAGUGUUAUCAUCAUUUUGAGGUACCUCAAUGUCCGUAUCCUCCUGCACAGGCCCGUCUUGAGUGCAUUUCUGCUUCGCAGAGCACGACUACGAAGUGCUACCUCGGCGGCCGAGGAUGAGGAUCACUUUUUCCAAGAUAUCGGGGAAAGGAGUGUAAGAGCUUGUGAGCAAUCUGCUAUCGAGAUUGUUGAUAUCGUGCAUCGAACCAGCCGGCCGCCAGCUCUCUUGGGUGCUUGGUGGUUUUCUGCAUACUACACCUUCAAUGCUGCACUCGUCAUAUUUAGUUGCAUUCUGAUGGAGAUUACAACUGCUGCCAGGUGGACGCCAUCAGGACCAACAAUCACGAUGGCAGAGUCACUCGACACCGCAAAGAUCACGGAUAUGAUCACGAGACUGCGGCGUGCAGCAGAAACACUGCAGAGAUUUGGUGAAGGGACGAAAUCGGCCAAGAGGAUCCGAAAGACGUUAUUGAAACUGGUCCAGAUUUGCAUGACCCUGGUUCAGUGCAACCCUGAUAAUGGUCCCGCCAUUCUGACUGCCCUUGCUUCGACCUUUGACGCAGAUCUGGCCAGGUCACAGGCCCAACAGCAUGAGAUGCUCGUACAGAGUAUGGGGCAGGAGAUGGAGUCUGGAGUGAUGAUGACCAACAGUAUGCUUCCAAUGCUGCCUCCUCCGGAUCCGUUCACAACGUACGACAUCAACAUGCAUCAGUAUUGGACGGAUGCCAAUUUGGAUCUCUUCAACGACCUCGUUGGCGUUGAAAGUGGUCUCACCUCCUUAAUGGCAGGAUAG